AUGUCCUAUGACAACGCCGCCACCCGCGAUGGGUUCACUUCUUCAUUCGGCCGGUUCCGCACUAAACGCGGGUGCAAUGAACGUGUAGAUAGUUCCUCUCUCCGAAGGAUGUUUCUACCCAAGCUCAGCCGCGAAGACCAACUAUCAGGCAACGGAACGCAGCUGAUGAAGAAAGUCCUCCAAGAAGGAAAGUGCGACAAAGUGCCCGUACACAUCCUGGCCCUGGAGGAGCAGCUACACCAGGAAUGGAUUGCUGCAAGUAAUAUAGAGGUGCUGUCUUCCAACCCCGAGUGGGUGAUAAAGAAGUUCUUCAUAAGAGCUGGAGAACCAGAUCCAUACCAGACGAGGACAAGCACUGUCGUCGGGGUUUCCUUUCCUCGAUAUAGCGAGUAUCGUCCAGGGCGCAUGCGAGAGGCUGCUGACCAGGUGGCGGGCUUACAUCACGACACUGGUGUGGGUCCGGAGACGCAGACAAUAUUCUUGGGAUGGGAUAUGUCUGCUGUUCGGGAAGCAGCAAAGAAACAUGCGAAUAAUGAAAGGACUGUGAUUCAGGCUCGGGAACAGAGGAGAGAAAACGAACGCGCGAAAAUACAUGCCGACUACCUUGCGACUCUCGGACGGAUGAAGGGCGCUGCGGCAAGGAAUAAAUCGCCGGUAGGAAGUUAUAUCGUUGACUCAAGGGACAUGGUACUUGAAAUUGUGAACACGGAACAAAAGGGGAAGUUUCACGCUACAUUCAAUUUUGGUGUAGUGAUAGGCAUUAUGGUCAUAUAUGAGGAGCAUAUUACUGAGACCGACGAAGAGGAGAUUGGCGACGAUCAUGAAAAAAUUGGAAAAGGAACUAAGAGAAAGACAAUCGCCCAGAAACAUAGCAAGCCGUCGAAGAAAGCGAAAGCAGAGAAGAUAAGCGAACCCUACACGUACCUGUUAAAGCUCAGAUGCCGUGAAACUGGAGAAGGUCAGAUCUUUUUCAAACCAGAGUACGGCACUAUCAAUGGUGAGAAAUGGGAGAACUAUUCAGAGGCUGCAUAUGAAUACGCACGAGUUAGUAGAUGGCAUUGA